GCGUCCCGCAGCCACGAGACCCCCUCUCCGGGUUCUCUCUCUCUCUCUACGGGUCGAAGCCCUUCUCUCCUCUCUCCCCGCGGCUCGCCCUCUCCCCCAUCACAGGAUCUAGGGUUUGCUCCGCCCGGCCUUCGUCCUUCUUGGGCCGAGCCCUAAUUCGUCUGCACGGCCGCCACCAAGCAAGCCGAGCCCCCCGGUUUGGUUCGCCUCCGCCCGCUGCGCCCCGCUUCCUCUCCCCGUACGCAUUCUUGGAUUCCAUUGGCUUGUAUCUUCAGCAUGGGUGAGCCAAACAGCAAUGAUAAUGCAAUGGUGCAUAGCAAUGAGAUGGUUGAUGGCAAUGGUGUGAUCCAUGGUAGUGAGAUGAUUCAUGGUAGUGAGAUGAUUCAUGGAGAUGAGAUGGCCCAUGGUGAUGAGAUGAUCCAUGGCAAUGAGAUGAUUCAUGGGACUGAGAUGGUUGAAGGCAAUGAGAUGAUCCAUGGUCAUGAGAUGGUUCAGGUUAAUGAUCUCAUCAACGGUCAUGAGAUGGUUCCAGUUAACGACAUGGUCAAUGGUGAUGAGAUGGCCCAUGGUAAUGAAUUGGUCAAUGCUGAGAUGACCCCGCGAACAUCAAGACGUCGGAAGAAGAAGUCGCUAGUUUGGGAGCACUUCACUAUAGAAGCCAUGCCAGGAGGGAACUCAAGAGCAUGCUGCAAUUUAUGCAAGCAAACCUUUGCGUAUAGUUCUGGCUCAAAAAUUGCAGGCACUAGCCAUCUCAAGAGGCACAUCACCCUGGGCUCAUGUCCUGUUAUGAAAGACCAAGACAGGAAGCUAACACUGCCACUUGCAGGGGGCCAUGUCACUGAUAAUGAUGGUGAGGGUGCUGUGGAACGUCCUACAAAGAGGCGUUACAGAUACACUGGUUAUGCAAAUGCUACUUUUGAUCAGGAACGGAGUUCCUCUUAUCUGGCGAAGAUGAUCAUUUUGCAUGACUACCCACUUCACAUUGUUCAACAGUCAUCCUUCACUAAUUUUAUUGAGAGUCUGCAGCCUCGUUUCAGGGUUGUAGAUGUGGAGACAAUGGAAGGAGAGGUGUAUGCUGUUUUCCAGAAAGCAAAAGAGAACCUGUUGCAAGCAUUCAGCACUAUGCCUGGAAGGAUCAGCCUCACUAUAGGACUCUGGACAACCAGUCAGACUCUUGGCUAUGUUUCUCUUGCUGGGCAGUUUAUUGACUCCGAUUGGAAAGUGCACCGAAGAAUGCUCAAUUUCAUGAUGGUGUCCUCUCCUCAUUCAGAGAAUGCACUUAGUGAAGCUAUUAGCUCGAGCCUUUUGGAGUGGAAUAUGAAGGACAAGCUGUUCACUAUCACAUUGGAUAAUGAUUGCUCUUCCCAUGAUAUUUACAGUGCAAAUCUUAGGGACCACCUCUCCAAUAAGAACAACCUCAUGCUUAAGGGACAGCUCUUUGUUGUGAGGUGCUAUGCUCAUAUCCUUAAUGUUGUUGCUCAGGAUGUAAUUGCUUCGAUUCAUGGUGUGAUUUACAACAUCCGUGAGAGUAUCAAGUUCAUAAAAGCUUCUCCAAGCCGUGAGGAGAAGUUUGCUGAGAUUGCUCUGCAGCUGGAGAUUCCCAGUGCCAAGACCCUUUGUUUAGAUGUUACAACCCAGUGGAACACAACUUAUCUGAUGCUGCUGGCUGCCUUGGACUAUAAGCAGGCUUUUGCUACACUGGAGACAUGUGAUGAUAAUUACAAUGAAUCUCCUUCAGCAGAGGACUGGAAGAGAGUUGAGGCAAGCUGUAAUUACCUGAAACUGUUAUAUGACUCUGCACAUAGUGUGAUGGCUUCAGCAAACCCUACUGCAAACAUCUUUUUCCAUGAAGCUUGGAAAAUUCAGCUUGAGCUAGCCAAUGGCACAGAACAUGGAAGUCCUUUUUUCAGCAGUGUUGCCAAGGAUAUGCAUGAGAGAUUUGACAAAUACUGGAAAGAUUGCAGCCUGGUGUUAGCCAUUGCUGUUGUUAUGGAUCCACGUUUCAAGAUGAAGCUUGUUGAGUUCAGCUACUCUAAAAUUUAUGGUGCUGAGGCUACAAAAUAUGUUAAGGUUGUCAAUGACUCUCUGCAUGAGCUGUAUAAGGAGUAUGUCGCACAGCCGCUCCCCUUGACCCCUGCCUAUGUUGAAGCCAAUAAUGUGGCUGCCAACACAAAUGUUAACCAGGGAAAUCCUCCUUCCACUAGUGAUGGUCUUCUUGACUUUGAUAUGUACCUUUCCGAAAUUCAAAGUAGCCAGCCAGCAAAAUGUGAACUGGAGCAGUACCUGGAGGAAUCCCUCACUCCACGUAUCCAGGAGUUUGAUAUCCUUAACUGGUGGAAGCUUAACACGCUCAAGUUUCCAACUCUGUCAAAGAUGGCCCGGGAUAUCUUGGCCAUCCCAAUGUCGAUGGUUAGCAGUGGCAGCUCCAUAUUCUCUGCUGGAACUGGGAACCGCAUGCUUGAUGACUACAGAAGCUCUCUUCGUCCAGAGACUGUGGAGGCACUUGUCUGCGCAAAAGACUGGCUCCAGUAUUCACCACCGGCUGCAACUGAGGCGCCGGGUUCUGAGACCAAGGCAGAAGCAUUGUAGAUUGCCGAUACUGCUUCCCUGUUGAAGCACAAAUAAUAUUGUGGUAUCUUUUGAGUGUAGUUAAGCGUAGGCAAAUUUUAGGCAGCAAUUGCAGAGACAUAUAUCUCUUCUGGCAUUUAUCUCAUAGUUGUAAUUUGUUAUGUCGAGCUCGGUUUAACUCAUUGUAAUCUGUACUGAGUUUAGCUGUGGUCUGAGGGGUGUCUCAGGGAUUAUUGAGGUGGUAAACUUAUUUCCAGAUUCUGGCUAUUGUUGGCUCAGGUAUUCAGGUGCUAAACUUAUUUCCAGAUUUUGGUUGUUGUUGGUGCUGCUGUUUA